GGCGGAGCUGGGAAGCCUCUGAGCUACAGCAAGCCGCCCAAUGCAGUAGAAGCUCGCGGAGCGAACGGAAGCCCGUCCAGCACAAUGCAGCACUGAGGCGGCAGCGGCGGCGGCAUUGGCGAGGAGGAGAACGCGCGCCUCUCUCGCUCGCAAGGAGAAGGAGACCCCGGGAGCGGGGGGCGCCUUUCCUCUCCCCCUCCAUGCCAGCCGCCGUGUGACCCGCGCUUAUUGCGGGCAGGAGGGGGGAGGAGGAAGGACGCGCCUCCCUCCUUCCCACCCGACCGAGACCCAGCCAUGCAGCCAGCGACUUCUCUGCUCUCCUUGACGCUUUGUGCCUUCGGGAUGCUCUCCGGAGCCGGCUCCAGCCGCGCAGGAGACGCCUUGUUGACAGAGAUGGAGCGAAGGGACGGGGAUCGCUUUGUGGAGAGACAAAAUAUCGUCCCUUUCCGGCUGAUCUAUAGCACGGACGGUGGCAACGAAACUCAACACGACGUGCUCAACACCCGCAUCGGCGGCGGCAGCUUUGGUGGGAAGCAGUCCACUCAUAUUGCCCGAGCCAGCUUCCAAGUUGAUGCCUUUGGAUCUUCUUUCAUCCUGGAUGUAGAGCUAAACCAUGAUCUGCUGUCUUCAGAAUACCUCGAGAGGCACAUCGAACAUGGCGGAAAGAUGGUGGAAGUGAAAGGCGGGGAGCACUGUUAUUACCAAGGUCACAUCCGAGGGAAUUCAGAAUCGUUUGUUGCCCUGUCAACCUGCCAUGGACUUCACGGCAUGUUCUAUGAUGGAAAUCACACAUAUCUUAUCGAGCCGGAAGAAAACUACACUUUGCAUGAGGAAUUCCAUUUACACUCUGUUUACAAAUCCAGAUUAUUUGAAUUUCCUUUGGAUGAUCUUCCAUCUGAAUUCUGGCACAUGAACACCACGUCACAGAAGUUCGUUGUGAAACCGAGACACAAAAGAAGAAAAAGGCAGGUUCAUCAGAGCCCAUAUAAAGUUGAAGAGGAAACUAAAUAUGUUGAGCUAAUGAUCGUAAAUGACCAUCUAAUGCUGAAAAAGCACCGAUUAUCGGUUGGCCACACAAACAGCUUUGCAAAAUCAGUAGUGAACCUGGCAGAUUUAAUUUACCAAGAACAGCUCAACACCAGGAUAGUCUUGGUUGCCAUGGAAACCUGGGGUACUGAUAACAAGUUCACCAUAUCUGAAAACCCACUGGUGACCCUGCGUGAGUUUAUGAAAUAUAGGAGGGAUUUUAUCAAAGAGAAAAGUGAUGCAGUUCACCUUUUUUCGGGGAGUCAGUUUCAGAGCAGUCGCAGCGGGGCAGCCUACAUUGGUGGCAUUUGUUCGCUCCUGAAAGGUGGUGGUGUAAACGAAUUUGGAAAGCCGGAUUUAAUGUCAGUGACAUUGGCACAGUCCUUAGCUCACAAUCUUGGCAUUUUCUCAGACAAAAGGAAAUUGCAGAGUGGUGAGUGUAAGUGUGAGGACACAUGGUCUGGCUGCAUAAUGGGAGAUACUGGCUAUUACCUUCCAACCAAGUUCUCCAAAUGCGAUGUUGAGGAGUACCACGAAUUUUUAAAUAAUGGAGGUGGAGCCUGCCUUUACAACAAGCCUUCCAAGCUUCUCGAUCCUCCAGAAUGUGGCAAUGGCUUUGUUGAAGCUGGAGAAGAAUGUGACUGUGGUACUGCGACCGAAUGUCGUGCUGAAGGUGGAGAUUGCUGUAAUUCCUGUAGUCUAACGGCUAACUCCGAAUGCAGUAAUGGACUUUGCUGUAAAAAAUGUCAGUUUGAAGCCAAAGGAGUUGUAUGCAGAGAAGCUGUGAAUGAUUGCGAUAUUGCAGAGAGUUGCACAGGAGACUCUAAUCAGUGCUCUCCAAAUCUGCACAAAAUGGAUGGGUAUUCAUGCGAUAACGAAGAGGGCCUUUGUUUUGGAGGACGAUGUAAAACAAGAGACAGGCAGUGCAAAUAUAUCUGGGGAGAAAAUGUGACAGUCGCUGAUAACUAUUGCUACGAGAGGUUGAAUAUAGAAGGAACUGAGAAAGGCAACUGUGGCAGAGACAAAGAUACUUGGACACAGUGCAAGAAUGAGGAUGUUCUUUGUGGAUAUCUCCUGUGCUCUAAUAUUGUUUCUAUCACCCCAAGACUUGGGGAACUCGAUGGUGAAAUCACAUCAACUUCUCUUCAAACUUUGGACAAGUCCUUUGUUUGCAGCGGGGGUCAUGUCAAGCUAGAGGAAGAUGCAGACCUUGGCUAUGUAGAAGAUGGGACACCUUGUGGCCAGGGAAGAAUAUGUUGGGAGCACAGAUGCCUUUCUGUGGAAUCCUUUAACUUCAGCUCCUGUCCAGGAAGUACAGAAGGCACCAUCUGUUCAGGGCAUGGAGUGUGCAGUAAUGAAAUACAGUGUAUCUGUGAAGGGUUGUGGACUGGUGCGGACUGUGCCAAACCCGUCAUGAAACCAAGAAAUGAUGAAUAUAUGCCCAACCCAGGUGUCACUAGCACAAAUAUUAUUAUAGGUGCUAUCGCUGGUACAAUUUUAGUGUUGGCUCUGAUUAUGGGCAUAACUGCAUGGGGUUACAAAAACUAUCGAAGACAGAGACAAAUCCCUCAGGGAGAUUAUGUAAAAAAGCCUGGUGAGGCCGACUCCUUUUAUAGCGACAUGCCGCCUGGAGUCAGCACAAACUCUGCAUCUAGUUCUAAGAAGAGGUCUGCUUUUCUGUCGCAUUUUCAGAUUUCUACCUGUUCCAUCACACAUUAUUCCAUUAGUCAGAACCUUUCAUUGUUUUGCAGCAGGUCAAACGGAUUAUCUCAUUCAUGGAGUGAAAGAAUCCAAGAUGCAAAGAACCUUUCGGACAUCUGUCAGAAUGGGCGACCCAGGAGUAACUCAUGGCAAGGUAAUAUAGGCGGCAACAGGAAGAAAGUCAAAGGCAAAAGAUUUAGGCCACGGUCUAAUUCCACUGACAGAGCAUCCCAUGCUUCUGAGCCUGGGCUUUCCCACACCAACCAAAUCCCACCCCAAGGCAUAAGCCACAGGGGUUUUCACCACCCCCAGACAAGGGAUCGGGAUCACAGGACCCUUUCCCCUGCAAAGUCCCCUUCGUCAUCUACUGGCUCCAUUGCCUCCAGCAGAAAAUACCCAUACCCGAUGCCUCCCCUUCCUGAUGAGGAGAAAAAGGCCAACAGAGCAAGUGCCAGGCUAUGGGAGACUUCCAUUUAGUUCCACUGUCUAUCUGAGCUGAUACCAGAACUGUUUACUUCAGAUUUUAUACAAACUCAACAUUGCUGAGUCGCUGAACAUUCAUCUGCUAAGUGGACAAUUUGAAGGGCAGAGAUGCUGACCAGCAUGGAGCGAACAAGUUCCCUGAAGAAGGAAAAGGCAAUUUUCUGCAGCAGAUUAGGAUUUUAAUUACAAGUAAAGAACAACCAAACCAUAUACAUACCCCAUUAACCUGGGAUACAUGGAACUGAAAAUAUAAAAGAUUAUUCCGCAUGAUGACAGAUAAUAUGUAGAUGCGCAGAUGAAACUAAUUGGGAGUCCCAAAGGUGGGGUUUUCUCUGGUCUAACAUAAUCCCAAAUAACUUUAAACAAACAAACAAAAAUAGAAUUCAGAAUUUGGUAUGUAAACAUUUAUGCUGUGUGCAUGAAUCCCUCCGUUCACCACUUUCCAUGUGUAAGGGACUAGUCAUUAUACUUUAGUAAAACUAGCAUGCAGAAGUAAGAAAUGUUUUUUCCGCAAGUGGGAUCCGAAGAGGCAAACAUUAUGACAUAAGCAGCCAACAACAACAAAAAUGCUUUUUUAAUUUUUAUUACUUUUUGUGAUUAUAUUCUCAGUAGAAACUCAUACGUGUGUAAAAAGUUGUAAAAUACCAACAAUGCAAUUA